AUGGCGGCAGUCUAUAAGUCUUUGUCAAAAAAUGAUACGCUUAAAGCCGUCCCGGCCAUUAGUGGCGCCAAGAAGAACAAACAACGAGUCUUGAUUCUCUCAUCCCGUGGCGUUACUUAUCGCCACCGGCAUUUGCUAAACGAUCUCGCAUCCAUGCUACCACAUGGUCGCAAGGACGUCAAAUUCGACUCGAAAUCCAAAUUGAACGAACUCAAUGAACUCGCCGAACUCUACAACUGUAACAACGUCCUGUUUUUCGAGGCCAGAAAAGGCAAAGACCUCUACGUGUGGUUGAGCAAAGUUCCGAAUGGGCCCACUAUCAAAAUGCACCUACAAAAUUUACAUACCAUGGAGGAGUUACAUUUCACUGGGAACUGCUUGAAGGGAUCUCGCCCGAUCCUGUCUUUCGACGCUGCCUUCGACGAACAAGCACAUCUGCGAGUCAUCAAGGAAAUGUUCCUCCACACUUUCGGCGUACCUCAAGGCAGCCGGAAAUCCAAGCCAUUCAUUGACCAUGUAAUGGGCUUCAGCAUUGCUGACGGCAAGAUCUGGGUGCGAAACUAUCAGAUCAGCGAAGAGGAAGGUGCCUUAGUGGGACCUGGAGAAGACGAUAAUAAGUCAAAGGGCUCGACGGCGAAAGGAGGCGCAAAUACGGAGAUUAAACUCGUUGAAAUUGGCCCUCGGUUUGUCUUGACGCCUAUUGUAAUUCAGGAAGGCUCGUUCGGUGGCCCGAUCAUUUACGAAAACCGUGAAUUCAUCUCCCCCAAUCAGCUGCGAUCCGAUCUCCGAAAAGCAAAAGCGGCUAGGCAUGACGCUCGAAUGGAACAAAAUGUUGAGAGAUUAUCAAGGAAGGGUGAAUUAGGUUUGCGCUCCGGUGAUGGCAAUAGGCCGGCCAAAGAUGGACUUGACAACAAGUCUCUUUUUGCAUAG